CACGGGACACCAAGAUGGAGAUUCCCGAGAGGGCCCAGUGCCACUUCUCAAAGGGCCUCCUGCUCUCAGCCUCAUUCCUGGCCCUCUGGAUCCCCCAAAGCUCCUGGGCUGCCCUCCACAUCCAGAAGAUUCCAGAGCAUCCUCAAAAGGACCAGAACCUUCUCCUGUCCGUCCAGGGCAUCCCAGGCAACUUUCAGGACUUCAACUGGUACCUGGGGAAGGAGGCCAAUGGUGGCACGAUGUUAUUCACCUACUUCCCUGACCUCCAGCGGCCCCAGAGGGACGGCAGCGCCAUGGGGCAACGUGACAUCGUUGGCUUCCCCAGUGGGUCCAUGCUGCUGUGUCGCAUCCAGCCCACAGACAGCGGCACCGACCAGGUAGCUGUCACCAUCAAUCCUGACUGGACCAUGAGGGCCAAGACCGAGGUCCAGGUGGACGAAAAGCUUAAGGAGCUGCCCAUUACACACCUGCCCCUGAGUGCUGGGAUCAUGGCUGCCAUCAUAAUUGGGUUCCUUGUUGCUGGGUCCCUCUUCAUCGGGUGCAUUGCCCAUCUCCUGUUAACAAGAGACUGGAGGGGCCAGAGCCACAGAGUGCCCACUCCAGGAGGCCAGGGCUCUUUGUCUGUCUUGUUCCCAGCUGUGUCCCCAGUGCCUUCAAUAGGAUCCAGCCCGUGGUUGACACCCACAGAGAAGCCAGAGGUGCACCCCAAUCACAAUGCCGGUGACCAGAACAUCUAUGAAGUGAUGCCAUCUCCGACCCUCCUGCUGUCUCCCCCCGGUGACAUGAGGUCCAUGAACACCUCCAUGCCCCUGCCCCAGCAGCAGCCAGAGCCGGAGAACCACCCCUACCAG